GCCGUAAGAGGCUUUCCCCGCUGCCGCCAGCUUUGUCUGCUCUGCCUGACCUCGUCUCGCGGCGCGUUGGCGCUGGAGGUGCAAGGCCUGACAAUGGCACUGAAUGAGUACUGCCUUCAAGCCUCCUUCCUGUAAGUGAUAGGACCAAACAAGGCGGUGUGAUGAACAUGCCACUGCAUCAAAUCUCUGUCAUUCCAGCUCAGGAUGUUACCUCUUCCAGAGUCUCCAGGAGCAAGACCAAAGAAAAGGAAGAACAGGCUGGCUAACAGGAGUCAUGCAACCAAGGGAAGCUACGCUGGAGAUACGUGCAUGCAUUCGUGCUGGAAAAUGAAGCUUCAGAAUGAGAAGGCUUUGGGGCAUUCUGUGAGCCGCUCUAGUAACAUCUCAAAGGCUGGAAGUCCAACCUCUAUCACAGCUCCCCAUAGCUUCUCUCGGACUUCUGUUACGCCAUCCAACCAGGACAUCUGCAGUUCCAGUGCAGUGUUUUCUGAAUGUUGUCAUCACAGUCCAGUGCAGUCUGCUGUUGUCUUGAAAGAUCCUCACUGCCAGAGUUCUCUGACACAAGGGGUCACUGUGACAGUAAUCUGUCAGGACACGUUACAUGCAGCAAAGAGAAACUCCCAUGGGCAGGAUCGGGGCCAGGCGCUCAGGGCUGCUAAGAAUGGAAAGCCCACCCGCACUCUGAAAUUCUCCAAGUCCCUCAAUGACGUGGACCAGAAGGCACAGAGCACCGGUGAGUGCUUUGACUACGUGGAGCGAACAUGCUCGGAAGGCAAAUUGACCCCGACUCAAGAGCAGUGUUUGAAGAUUAACAAAUUUCAUCUUAAAGAGAGGAAAUCGCUGAAUCUCAGGCCUCUUUCUUUUAGCAAUUCUAAACACUCCUACAUCCCUUCCCUUUCCAACUAUUCGAGUGCAUCAGGAGGAGCAGAAAACCGCAGCGCUGUACAUAUCCCCUUGCUGGAGGACAGAGUGGACCAUGACACCUCAAGAAGCAAAAAACUGUUGCGUUACCUUUUUUCCUUCUCCCACACCUCCAGCACCAGCAGUCUGCAUAAGUUCCACGAACUGGAGAGCUAUUCCAGUCACUUCCAAGCUGAGAAAUCCUCCAGCAUGCUGGUGGAAAGCACAGACUUCUGCUCUGAGGACAUGGGAGAUGAUGACGUCUUUGAGGACAGCACCUCAAUGAAACUGAGAACAAAAGAGCAGCGGGCACCACUCUGUUCGGUUGAGAAGGACAGUGACCUUGACUGCCCUUCCCCCCUCUCAGAAAAAUUCCCCCCUCUCUCCCCGGUGUCUGCAUCGGGGGAUACCUGCAGGAUAUGUCACUGUGAAGGAGAUGAUGAGAGCCCUUUGAUUACCCCCUGUCACUGCACGGGAAGUCUUCAUUUUGUGCACCAAGCCUGCUUGCAGCAGUGGAUCAAGAGCUCAGAUACACGAUGCUGCGAACUCUGCAAGUAUGAGUUCAUCAUGGAGACAAAGCUGAAGCCUUUGCGAAAGUGGGAGAAGCUGCAGAUGACAGCCAGCGAGAGGAGGAAGAUCAUGUGCUCUGUAACAUUCCAUAUCAUUGCCAUCACCUGCGUUGUGUGGUCUCUGUAUGUCCUCAUAGACAGGACUGCUGAAGAGAUUAAACAGGGACAGACUACUGGGAUUCUAGAAUGGCCAUUUUGGACUAAGCUGGUUGUUGUGGCUAUUGGUUUCACUGGAGGACUUCUGUUCAUGUAUGUACAAUGCAAAGUGUACGUACAGCUGUGGAAGAGACUUAAAGCUUAUAACCGAGUAAUAUAUGUACAAAACUGUCCAGAAACUAGUAAAAAGAACAUUUUUGAAAAACCUGCACUAAUGGAGCCAAACUUCGAAAGUAAAGAAAUGCUUGGGGUUCACCAUUCAGAUACAAACUCUUCACAUUACACAGAGCCAGAAGACUGUGCUGCAGAAAUCCUUCACGUCUGAUUACUGGGUGGGAGGAGUAAUUCUGUAUGUCCUUGAAGAUUUAAAAUAUCGUUGUUUACUGCAAGCUGCUCUACCUUUUUAAAAUCGGCUAACAGCUGAGGGCUGGCGGAUGACUUUUUUUACAUUUGUGUUUUGUUGGAAUUUUUUAAAAUCCCUUCAGCAUAUCUAUUAAUGUUAUCAUGGUUGUGUACCUCUCAACAUUGUCUCACGUGCUGACUGAUCAAAGAGCCACAGGUAUCUGGGUAGAAUGAGCCUCCGUUGUGGUAUCAAGCAAGCCACUGGUGGACUGUCAUCAACUGCAUAUGGAGUCUGUUACUUUAGAAUAUGACUCUAAAUGAUUGUGGAAGGCAUGUAGAGUAUGGUUUGGUUGUUUUUUUUUGUUUGUUUGUUUGUUUUUCUUAAGCAUAAUGAAGGAGGUUGUCCCAGAUGCCGCAGGAAAUGAGAGAGCUAGAGUCUAAUCUACCGCUAACACUGCCACUAACAUUUUGUCUUAGGCAGGAGGUGUAACAUUAUGCUUUACAUAUUGUGAUGAGUCUCACAAAGCAUAUAGCACUUUUAAAAAUCUUUAUUUUAUGAUGUGUAUGUCCAAUGAGAAUGAAACUUGAAAGAAUGUGUCAUUUGCAGAACAUUUCUUCGUUCUUUAACCCAUCCAUUCUACUAGAACGUAAGCCUCUUGCCUUAUUUAAAAAAUAAAAAUAAAUUCCAAUGCAUGAUUUCCAACACAUGCCCCCAUUAUCCUACUAAACAUAACACUAAAAAUCUGCCUCUUUGGCUUUCCUUUGAGGAGCAAUUCUUUUUGAAGGAUAUUGCACUCGUGACAUGUGGAUGUGUACAGUGUUCAUUUUCAAUGAAUAAGGGUUUGAAUGCUCUAUUUUAGGGAUUGGUUUUGCUUUUUUGCUUUGUUUUUAACAGGUCAGACCAUCAACAAAUCUCCGUAUAUAUACCUAACGUAACUGUCAUUCCAGAUCAUUGGUAAAAGGUUUGCUGGUAUACUGGUGAAAAUGUGAGCUGUUGUGGAAGAAAGAUAUUUAGUCAAUACAGAUGAAAUUGGUUUUCUUUCUUUAGUACUGUGUCACGUGUGAAUUACCCAAGAAUUUGACAUUGUGAGAGGAGGUGCUAAGAUGAAAAUUUAGGAAGUAAGUAUUGCAUUAAGUGGAUGAAUUUAAAAAAAUACUUGCCUGUUUUAGUCCUGAUGUGAUGCGUUAUAUGGUCAGAGAAUAGCUUUGUCUGUUGCUUUGAGUUUGGGACUGGCUAUUUAAUCUGUCAGCCUUAAUGAAAAGAGGGACAAUUUUAAAAUCUGUUUGCAGAGCUUUAGACAGACUUGCCCAAAGCCUGGGAUGUCUGCUGUCAAUUCACUUGUCCGAUUUGCUUCACUGUCCAGCUUCGAGCUCUUGUUCAACCGAAGUCUCACAUCAGUGUGACUGGGGUGGACACAAAGCCCCACUGAAACUCAGUACACAAGGCUUUUGUGUAUGAAUGCUAACUUUCUCUACCUGAGCCCAAUCUAAAUCUCUGUAAAGUCAAUGAUAAUUUCCUGAAUGAUGUCUAUAGGAAUCUCCCGGACUUCUCUGCUACGUAAAAGCCUCUACUUACUUGUUGAGAUACUGAAUUAAAUCCCUAGGUCCAGUUCAGGUUUUGCGUUAUCCUUUUCAAGUACAACAUCACUGGGCAUGACUUUUUCAUAAUAAAAGUGGUUGCUUUAACAUA